AUGAAGUGGCCAACAUUGUCGAUGAAAUCAAAUAAAAACGAUUUUAGUUAUGGAAUCGAUUCCACCAUAGCACAGAUCUUGGCUUUGACGACGAACUAUCUGUUCAGCAUGAAAGUUGGAAUCGACAUGAUGACACCGACGAUAAUCAUUGGUGCCAUUACCGACAAAGAAAGUAACACCAGCUAUAACCCUCUCCCCCACAUAUCCGAAGAACAGACUUCCUGGAUAGGAAGUCUCAUCUACCUAUUCCCGCCGGUUGGCAGCGUGGUCGUGUCCUUUGUGCAAGACCGUUUCGGCCACCGGGUGUGCAUGAUGGUGACCAACGUCACUCACCUGCUGUCCGUGGCCACGUUGAUGUUGUCCGACGGCCCGUCCGGGCUGUACGCCAGCUCGGCACUGAUGGGCUUCAACGUGGGUUUCGUGACCAGCUUCUCGCUGUCGUACUGCGGAGAGGUGUGUGAGCCCAAGCUCCGCGGCACGCUCACCGCCGUGCUCAACCUGUUCUACUUCGCCGGUUACCUGUGCGUGACCAUGCUGUACGCGGUCACCGCCGACUGGCGACUGUCCGUGCUGUUCACCGCGAUAUUGUCGGUCGUCAAUGCUGCGAUCCUGUUCAAGACCCCAGAUUCACCAAUGUGGUUGAUGUCCCGUGGUAGAACGGAUGAGGCGAAGAGCACAUUUAACAAACUUCGAGGUGGCGUUGGCGAGGACAAAUUCGCUGUGGAAUAUCGAGACAUGGUCCAUUAUACAUCCCAAAUUAAUCUACCAACUGAUGGAGAAAAAAAGAAAAUGUCUUCUAUCAAAGAUUCACUGUACCGCUUCAUUGAACCCGAAACGUUGAAACCUUUGCAACUGCUCAUGAUAAUGAUUUUCUUCACCAAUCUGUUGUCCGGUAUACCAUACAUACCGUAUCUGAUAUCCGUAUUUGACAAAUUCCAAGUGUCUUUCCAUCCAGCUUGGGCAACGACGAUGUACAUGGCUUUCAACGUCGCGGGAAACGUGCUGACCAUAUGCUCCAUAAACAAAUUGGGAAAGAGAUUUUUGGCUUUGUGCACAAUGGCUACUUGUUCAGUUUGUUACCUGUCCAUUGGGAUCGUCGGAAACGUAUUGCCAUCGUCUCCAGUUACGUCGUGGAUAAAAAUCGUGUUGUUCUUCAUGUCGACUUUUUUUUCGUCGAUGGGAAUAAUGCCUAUAGUGUGGAUUCUCAUGUGUGAAAUUUUCCCAAUGAAAAGUAAAAACGUCGGCGCCGGUCUUAGUUCAGCGACAUACUUCAUCUUGAGUUUCCUGAUGACCAAGUUCUAUUUGGAUCUCGAAAUGUUUACGGGUUUCUAUAACACUUUCGUUUUGUUCGGGUCCAUAGGCCUCAUCGGUCUGGUGUAUUUGCACUUUCAGCUCCCGGAAACCGAGAACAAGACGCUAAACGAGAUUUCAGAACACUUCAAAUGCAAAAACACGAAAGCCGAUGUGCAAGCUGGUUUGGCUUAA